CAUCAACUUUCAGUUUCAGCAGCAGUAACGUUUUCCGUUGCCAUAGAAAAGAAGAGAAGAGAAGCAAUGAAGAUUGUUUUUUGAAUUUAAAAGCAGGUCGACAGGGGACAAGACAACCUGGAUGCAAUUUUCACGCGUCGUGUUGCUUCUUCCACAAACCCCAUUGGCUUUAUUCACUCAUCUCCAUGAUUCCUCAAUAGAGAUCAUCAACUUCAUUCCCUGCUGCACUUCCCAACACUAUAAAUCAUUGCUUUUCAAUCCCAAAGGGCUAUUGCAUUGAAUUGGAUUGAUGAACAAUGCAGAGAUCGCGAAAAGCUCUUCAGGCAAGAAGAGCUAUAGAGAAGGAUACAAGUGGGAGAAACUAUCUGUAUAAAAUUUCUCUGUCGUUGGUUUUCGUUUUGUGGGGCCUUGUCUUCCUCUUCAGCUUAUGGAUAAGUCGUGGCAAUGGUUAUGGAGAUGCAUCUGAAGACGUUCCAGUUCGCAUAUCAAAUUGGAGCGAAAAUGAGCACAGACAAUGUAAAACCUCCAAUUCUGAUGAUGAAUAUUUGACUAAAGAGAUUAAUGCCUGCAUUCCUUCUGAGACAUUCUGCCCUGAUUGUGCCAGAACUGAUAGUUUUAUUGGCGACCCACUUUCCACGGGAGAAAGCAUGAGUAAUGUUGAACCUGAUGAUGAAGAAAAUAACAUUUCUCCUAAUAGAAAGGAAUAUGACAUUGAGAGAUCAGAAUCUGCCCUGAAACAUGAAAAUGAUGUGCAAAAGUAUGAUCACUUGACUCAGGCAGUGCCUCUUGGUCUUGAUGAAUUCAAGAGCAGGGCAAGUCCGAAAAUCAAGUCAGGCACUAGUCCCUCUGAAAGUGUAAUACAUAGAGUGGAUCAGGGUGGUGCAGAAUACAAUUAUGCAUCAGAAUCAAAGGGAGCUAAAGUUCUAGCUUCUAACAAAGAAGCUAAGGGUGCUUCUAACAUCUUAAGCAAGAACAAAGAUAAAUAUCUUCGAAAUCCAUGCUCUUCAGAAGAUAAAUUUGUCAUCAUAGAACUUUCAGAAGAAACCUUAGUAGAUACAAUAGGGAUUGCAAAUUUUGAGCACCAUUCAUCCAACUUAAAAGACUUUGAAUUGCUUGGAAGUAUGGCCUACCCAACAGAUGCUUGGGUUUUUCUUGGGAAUUUUACCGCCGCAAAUGUGAAGCAAGCUCAAAGAUUUGUUCUUCAGGAACCAAAAUGGGUGAGAUAUCUGAAGCUGAAUCUUCAAAGCCACUAUGGAUCAGAAUUUUAUUGCACACUGAGUAUAGUUGAAGUUUAUGGUGUGGAUGUUGUUGAGAAGAUGCUGGAGGAUUUGAUGUAUAAAGAUAAUCGAUUUGCAACUAAGGAAGGUAAUGGUGACAAAGGGACUUCUGAGAGUGUUGAUGUUCAUCAAAACACUAUCAAUGGAAUCACUUCUGACCCUGAUUCAGAAACUGAUUCUGAAAAUGAGGAGAUUGUAGAUAGCAAUGUUCCUGAUCCGGUUGAAGAAAUCCGUCAACAACCUGGCAGGAUGCCCGGGGAUACUGUCCUCAAGAUUCUGAUGCAGAAAGUUCAGAAUCUAGACAUAAAUUUAUCUGUUUUAGAGCAGUAUAUGGAAGUCUUAAAUUCUAGAUAUGUCAAUAUUUUCAAAUUGUACAGCAAAGAUAUAGGAGAGAAAGAUUUACUUAUAAGGAUGAUCAAAGAAGACAUUAGGAGUUUCCUUCACCAGCAGGAAGUUAUGAUGAAAGAUGUUAGUGAACUUGAUUCUUGGAAGUCUCAUUUUUCUGUGCAAUUUGAUCAUAUACGCAGGGACAAUGCUAUGUUGAGGAAUGAGGUUGAAAAGGUCCUGGAAAAUCAAGUAUCCUUGGAAGAUAAGGGCGUGGUUGUGUUUCUUGUGUGUGUUAUUUUUUCAUUGAUUGCUAUAUUACGGCUAUCUCUGGAUAUGAUUAUAAGCAUCUAUAGAGUACUCAGUUUUAACAAAACAAUUCACUCCAGGAAAUUUUACCAAGAUAGUUCAUCCUGGUUUCUCCUAUUGCUGAGUUGUAGCAUUAUUAUUUUCAUAUUAACUUCAUAAUAAUCCAGUUUUUCCAAAGAGAUGUUAUUAUCUUCAA